CCCUCAUAGCCUCUAGUUAUACUUCAAAAGAGAGUACUACAUAUGCAUACAUAUAUUUUCAUAACAACUCUCUCCUUGUAGCUAGCUACCUUGUAGUACUCUCCAUGGCGGUUGAGAUUGCGAAGGAGUCAUUCGACGUUAAUCAAACUAUUGUCAAAGACAGCAAAGAAUACGACAACAACCCGCAAUGGAAGAGGCUUCAACCAUGGACGAAGCAAAUAACAGUUAGAGGAGUAAUAGCGAGUGCCAUUAUUGGGAGCCUCUAUAGUAUCAUAACCAUGAAACUAAACCUUACUAUUGGGCUCGUCCCAAAUCUCAACGUCUCUGCUGCUCUUCUUGCGUUCGUCUUUGUUCGAGUGUGGACUAAAAUCCUUCAAAAAGUUGGGUUUGUAACCAAACCCUUCACUCGUCAAGAGAACACUAUGAUUCAGACAUGUGCGGUUGCUUGUUACAGUAUCGCAGUUGGAGGUGGAUUUGGUUCGUAUCUGUUGGGAAUGAGCAGAAAGAUAUAUGAAUUAUCAGGAGUAAACACUGAAGCAAAUUCUUCAUACAGUGUGAAAGAGCCUGCACUGGGAUGGAUGACUGCAUUUCUCUUCGUUGUUUGCUUCGUGGGUCUUUUUGUUUUGAUUCCUCUUAGGAAGGUUAUGAUAGUGGACCUGCAAUUGACAUUUCCAAGUGGCAUGGCAACAGCAGUUAUGAUCAAUGGAUUCCACAAUCAGGGUGAUGAGAUGGCAAAGAAGCAAGUAAGGGGGUUUAUGAAGUACUUCUCAUUCAGCUUUUUUUGGGCUUUAUUCAAGUGGUUCUUUUCUGGCAAACAAAUGUGUGGUUUCUCUCAAUUCCCCACUUUUGGACUCAAAGCUUGGAAGCAGACAUUCUACUUCGAUUUUGAUUCGACUUUUGUGGGAGCAGGGAUGAUUUGUUCCCACCUAGUUAACUUGUCAUUACUUCUAGGAGCCGUCCUAUCUUAUGGCUUAAUGUGGCCUCUUCUUGAUCUACUCAAAGGGAAUUGUUUGGAUGAAAAUGACAUGAAAAGUUUAUAUGGAUAUAAGGUGUUUUUAUCCGUUGCUCUGAUUCUGGGGGAUGGACUUUACAACUUCGUCAAGAUUAUUGCUACAACCAUCAUCAAUAUAUACAAAGUCAAGAAAGCAAAAAAAGGUUUAGAACACAAUGAUGAGAAACCAACUAUAGAUAAAAAUCAAGAUGAAAUCUUCUUGAGAGAAAACAUCCCUUUAUGGGUGGGAGUCAUUGGCUACAUAAUCUUGGCAACACUAUCCGCCAUUGUUGUCCCACAAAUGUUCCCUCAGCUCAAAUGGUACUUCGUUAUCGUCGCCUACAUCCUCGCCCCUUCCCUUGCCUUCUGCAAUGCUUAUGGCGCUGGUCUCACCGACAUCAACAUGGCCUUCAACUAUGGCAAAAUCGCUCUCUUCAUACUCGCCGCAAUCAGUCCGAAACACGAUGCCCUUAUCGCCGGUCUAGCUGGCUGCGGUCUCAUAACUUCCGUCGUCUCUGUUGGCUGCACUCUAAUGCAAGAUUUCAAAACAGCCCAUUUGACCUACACCUCCCCAAGAGCCAUGUUUGUCAGCCAGGUGAUCGGUACAACAAUCGGGUGCAUCAUGGCGCCACUAAGCUUCUUCCUGUUCUACAACGCGUUUGACGUGGGAAAUCCAAAGGGGGAAUUCAAGUCGCCAUACGCUUUGAUAUAUCGGAACAUGGCGAUUCUAGGAGUCGAGGGGGUAUCGGCAUUGCCAGAGCAUUGCUUGCAAAUGUGUUACGGGUUUUUCGGGUUCGCAAUUGGGGUGAACAUAGUGAAAGAUUUCGUGGGUGGGAGGAUUGGCAAGCUGAUGCCAAUACCCAUGGUGAUGGCGGUGCCGUUUCUGGUUGGUGGGUUUUUCACCAUUGAUAUGUGUUUGGGGAGUUUAAUUGUGUUCAUUUGGGGUAAAAUGAAUAAGAAGAAGGCAGAGUUGAUGUUGCCAGCUAUAGCUUCAGGCUUGAUUUGUGGGGAAGGACUUUGGGCUAUACCAUCCUCCUUUCUUGGUCUUGUUAAGAUUAAUCCUCCUAUCUGUAUGAAGUUUGUGCCCUCAUAGCUAAUAAAACCCUACCCUUCCUUUUUAAUUCUUUUUCAUGGUUUAUGAUGGCGAAUCAGCGUGUCAUGUUUUAUAAUAAUCCCAAGUUUGCAUGGGUUAAAACUGUUUGAAAUAUACAUUUGAUAUUCUUCUUGA